UCACAAGAUGGCGGAGGCGGCCAAUUGUAUCAUGGAGGUGUCGUGCCCGCCCGGGGAGGGCAGUGCCAAGCCCUCGGCCGAGGACAUGACCUCCAAGGAUUAUUACUUCGACUCCUACGCCCACUUCGGCAUCCACGAGGAGAUGCUGAAGGACGAGGUGAGGACGCUGACCUACCGCAACUCCAUGUUCCACAACCGGCACCUCUUCAAGGACAAGGUGGUGCUGGACGUGGGCAGUGGCACUGGCAUCCUCUGCAUGUUCGCUGCCAAGGCCGGUGCCAGGAGAGUCAUUGGG